GUGACAUCAUUCUGGUAAAGGGAGGGGAAGGACGGGGAGAGAGAGAAAAAGGAAGCUCUCCGAUAACUUAUUGUGUAUAUUUUUAAAAAGUUUUAAAGUCUCACAGACCAAGUUAUGAUUUGAUGCAGCUGGGGAUCAACAUGCUGAGGAGACGGAUCUGAAUGGGACGACGGACACGCGUUUGCAGCUGUGCAUAUCUGAUGACAUAAUCCAGUAUGAACACUUUGAAGGCCUUGGGCCUCGAGUGAUUAUAGGAAGACCCUGAACAGAGAAAAAAGACGAGACGCACCAUGUCCUCCGACCUGGACUCCAGCCUCACCAGCAUCGACUGGCUGCCUCAGCUGGGGAUCAGCAGCCUGCGCUCGGGGAAGGAGCGGGGGGGAGGGGGAGGGGGGGACAGGAAGAGGGACAGGGGCAAAGACAGGGUCGACUUUCUGCCGGCGCUGCCGGACCCCUCCCCCUGUAGCUCCAAGGGGAAGCCCCCUCACAGCUACGCCACGCUCAUCGCCAUGGCAAUAGCAGCCUCCCCCGAGAGGAAGCUGAGUCUGAACGACAUCUACACCUGGAUCAGCGACACCUACCCUUAUUACAGCCGGGCGGGCCGUGGAUGGAAGAAUUCCAUUCGACAUAAUCUGUCUCUGAAUAAAUGCUUCAGGAAGGUUCCUCGACCGCGGAACGACCCCGGCAAGGGCUCCUACUGGACGAUGGACGGGCCUGCGGAGGUGAAUCAGCUGCGAGCACCUAAACGGCCCCACCCGGAGGAGGAGGAGGAGGAGGGGGAGGGGGAGGAGACGCUGGAGGUGCCGCAGCAUCAGGGGAGCGACAGAGGCCCCUCCCCUCAUCAGCCGCAGGCAGCCCCCCGCCGGGACCCCCAGCUUUUCAACCCGGAGCCUCUGGAUGGUGUCCAGCGGCAGUCGCCCCAUCCUGCCUCCCUGUCUCCUCCCCCACGCAAGCAGCCGUCCCCCUACAUGCCAGGCCCCGUCUCCAGUCUCCCCGUCCCCCAUCCAUGCGUGUCUCCUCCAGCUGGGCUCCCGGACGCGGCCCCCAUGUCCUCCAUGACUUCCUUCCUCCAUCCUCAUCCACCUGCCCCCGCCUUCUCCACGCCCACGGCGUCCACUCCACCCAUGUCUGCCGUCCACAUGUCUGCAGCUCCUCCGGCGGCUCCUUCUUUCUGUGACGCUGCUCCGUCCUUUCCGGUCAACUCGGGGCCCGUGUCCACGUUCCCCGAAGGCGUCGGGGGCCACACUAAUCCCUCGGCGUCCGCCGCCCCCCCGGCCGCCGCCGCUCUCCCUGCGGUCCCGCUCAGCUCGGACUCCUCUCUGCGCUUCACCUUCGACGAGCUCAACCUACCGGACCUGUACGCGUCCUUCAAGUCCCUGGUGAAGACGAUGCGCGAGAGAGGCGGCUCCCAGUCGGACGGCGCUCCGUUGGUCGGGACGAACAACGACACUACUCCACUCCACACUCCCACCCUGCUGCCGAUGUCUCCGCGCCCCGAACCGGUACCAGAGCGCGUUGCACAGUACGCAGUGCCACCUGAUUGGUUCAGUAACCCAGAUUCUCUAAAAGAGAGUUUCCGCAUUGCCAGCAGUCUGGACUGGGCCAACAUAGACCUCUCUGGUCACCCAGACCUGCUGGAGAGCAUGCGGCAGGCGGAGCUGUGCGACUGGGCACUGGACCCCGCUCUCUUCACCUCCCUCUGUGACUCCCUGAACCGCUUCAUCAGCUUCACUCAGAAGGGCAUGGCUCCGUCCGGGAGUAACUCCCCGCUGGCCCACGGGCCUCACGCCGCUCAAGCCCCAGCGUUCAGCUCCAGCCCGGCGCCCACCCUCGCCAGCCUCACCCACCCCUCGCCGCUCCCCUACCCUCCGAUGGCCUCCCCCGCCAACGGAGCUCAGCCGCCCCGCAGGGCCCUGCACAUGCAGGGGCCAAGCUUCCCCAGGCCCCAGCUCACACAGCCUGCAAACACAGCUGCUGGGAUGCAGCCUCAGCCCAUGGCCCCUCCACAGCGGCCUCCACUGAAGAGCCUGCACAGCAACAGCGAGGAGAUCCAGGACGACUUUGACUGGGAUUCUCUGAUCGUUUGACCCACAUCGUACGGAACGUUCCUAAUUGCUGUUCAGGGUCGUGCUCCCCAGACUGCACCUAGAGCCGCCUUCCUCUGUUCAUCUUGAAGCGUUUCUGGGAUCCAGUCACGACUCGGCUAAAUGCCGUAUUUAGUAGUAGGUUGAAAUAUUUUUUUUUCCUGUAUUCAUAUGCUGUAGAAACCUUUGCUGAGCUUCUCUUUUGCUGUAGUCGGCUGGGUGUUCAUUAGAUUGGUGAAUAUGUUUAUAAGCUACAAACAAUAUCAGUUUAUUCUUGUCACCGUUCUGUCCAGCAGUAAAGAAAAACACUGGCUAUCAACA